GAGAAGCAGCGAACGAGAAGCACACACAGAUACAUUCGCCGCACGACGUGGCCCCCGUUUCAAGUGUAUGUGUGUGCGUGUGCGUGUGCGCGCUCACCCAGCGUCGCCGCCGGCGUCGCCUGUUCUUAUUAUUAUUGUAAAAAUAAAAAAUAAUACAAAAAAACGGAAUACAAAGUAAUAAUUUAUAAAUCCAAAAUAAUAAAUGUUCCGAAAAAGCACGAAAAGAAUUACUGAAAUAAAUAAGUAAUAAGAAAAUCAAACAAAAGUCGUCUCUGGCCGGCGUCACCGUUCGCGUUUUGUGUUAAUUAAAUUUACUUUUGUGAAUGAAAUGCGAAAAAAAGCCAAGCGCCAAAUCAUUGUUAAUAAAUGCUAAAUAAAUAAACGCACAAAAAUACACACAUGCAAAAAUCUUGAGACCGAAAGCUAAAAAAAAUUGAAAUCUAAAAACGAAAUCGACCAAUAAAAUCGAGAACCCAAAACCGAAUUCGAACCGGAAAAUCAUCCCGAAAAGCCCUUACUUUGGAUUAUACUAAAAAAAAAAAACAAACAGCAUCUAAUUUUUUUGAUAACCAAACAUCGAAAAAAUUAAGGAUUACACAACAUUUAUGUUGAUUAAUUACGGAAUUUCCCACACGGAUUGCUUUUGAAAAUCAAAAAAGCAAUCGUCGCUGUCUGGAUCUGCGGUGGCACUGCAAAAGGAUGAAGGCACAUCGAGCUGAAUCCGGGCGCAGCAGUUAUCAUCGAAGGCAUUGAGGAUAUAGGAUACAAUCGACCAGAGAUCCUCGAGGUGGAGGAGCGAAGUGGAGUGGAGAGGAGCGAGGAGGAGUGGAGUGGAGUGGAGCGAGGAGUGUAGCUGGGGGAGAAUUGGUUACAACACUACAUGGAUCGCAGAAAUGGCGGCGAUCCCUUGGCGCCACCCCGGCCCCCGAAGCUUUUACCGCGCGUGCAUCGACCAAGGGCGCCGGAGCCGACAUUGAGUGGUGCCGAGUCGGGAUCAGCAGCAGUAGGACUAGGACUAGGACUAGGACUAGGACACAAUAAUAAUUCACAGCAGCAACAACUUAGUAUUAGCGCGACAAGCAACCUUAGCAGCAGCAGCAACAUCAGCAACAUCAGCAACAUCAGCAACAUCAACAACAACAACAAUACGAUAUCGAUAAUACCCGCUUCCGCAUCCGGUUCGGAUUUUGACGACUAUCAAAUCCACCAUCUUACCUUCCUGCCUCAAAGGCCCAGCAGCCUGAGCAGGAACAGCAGCACCGCCAGCUCGACGACAACAACGACGACGGCAGCAACAACGAUAUCGGGUUCCGGUUCCGGUUCGGGUUCAUCCUUUACGCGAAGGAGACCGCUGCCGCCGGCACCAUUGCCGACCAGCACCGGCUCCGGCACUAGCAACACCACCACAACCAACAACAUCAACAUCAACAACAACCACAACAACAAUAACAACAACUUCCUUAGUCAUUUCCAAAGCGCUGAGGCCGCUCUGGGCCAACCGCCCGUCGGUGGCAACUCACCCGUCACGCUGGCGCAACCGCGACCCGAGUCCGAACGGCUAACCAACGAGUAUGUGGACACGCCGCUGCAGCAUGCGACGCGAUCGCAGCAUCCGGCUGGUCAGCAGGAUAAUGGACAGACCACCACCCACCAUUUGUUGUUGCUGCCGCAAAGGAAUCAGCAUCUACACCAGCAUCAGCAGCACCUGCAACAGCAGCAGCACCUGCUACAGCAACAGCAACAGCAGUUGCAACAGCAACAACAGUUGCAGCAGCAGCAGCAACAUGCGCGACUGGCGACGACGACGACGCAGGCGACGUCCGCUGGCAGCGAUCACACCGAUGGCUUACUACAUUCGCACCUGCAAUCCAGCAAAGCAUCCACCACACCCGCCUCGAAGCAGCAGCAGCAGCAGCAACAGCAGCAGCAGCAGCCAGCACCAGCGAGACUUGGUCUCGGCCUGGGACUGAAUCUGAAUCUGGCCCAGCCAGCGAUCAUUACCAAGCAACCCACGCCCGCCACACAAAAGGAGCAUAUGCAUGCCCUGGAGGAGCUCCUGGGCGGUGGCGGUGUCGUUGGCGGUGGUGCAGGUGGAGCAUCCGGGACCAAUGGUCCGAUUGUGAUGAGCGGUGAUCCCUCGCUGCUCAAUCCGAUUGUGUGCCCGCGUUGCGGUCGUUGCCGGUGCGAGACAUGCCAGAGUCCGAGGCCCCUGCCCCAGACAUGGGUGUGCAACAAGACGUGCCUGUGCAGUGCCGAGUCCGUCAUUGACUAUGCCUCCUGUCUGUGCUGCGCCAAGGCCCUGUUCUAUCACUGUGCCCGGGACAAUGAUCUGGACUGCGAUGACGGCAAUGGAACGCCCUGCGUGGACAAUCCCUGCUCCUGUGGUCCAUACAAGCGGACGCAACGAUGGGGCUGGCUGGGAGCAUUGUCCAUCUUCCUGCCCUGCCUGUGGUUCUACUGGCCGAUGCGGGGUUGCAUGAAGCUGUGCGAGAAAUGCUACGGCAGGUUCGCCGGCAGAGGAUGCCGCUGUCAGGGUGUGGGCAAUGGGAUUGGAUCCACCAGCAGCAUGUUGCCCAUUGUCCCGCUGGGAGUGAAUGGUAGCAAUGGGAUCGGAGGCGUUGGCAUCGGAGGCGUGGGCGGUGUGAGCCUGUCCAGCGGGGGUCCCGUAAAUGGGGGUCAGGCGGCGCUCGGCCAGGUGAAUGGCAAGGCCAUCGAUCAUGGCUGCAGUGCGGCGAGCCGCAUCCUGCGGAAGGGUGACCUUACGCCGGAGAAGCGCCUGCUGGACUCCAGUCCCGACUACUAAGACGCAUGGCAUUUUGUGGGGCUGCUUUUCCACGUUGAGGAAAAGCGGCAUUGCACAAAUGGAAACAGAAAACAGAACAAAUCCGAAGGCUGGAAUCUAGAGAAAGGCGUGAAAAUAUAACCAUAUAUAUAUAUAUAUAUAUAUAUAUA